CAGCUGCCUGACAGAGAACCAGUGGCAAUUUCAAGAAACCUGUGGAGUACUCUUUACGAACUACAAGAGGAGCUUUCUUAUCCAGCUGAAUUAAAAAAAUCAAUACAGGAGUCAAAAUGAAGCUGAUCUUCCAGUCCUUCCUUUAUUGCUGUCUGAUGGUAACAGUAGGACACUGCUUGGAACUUGAAGUGAAUCCAGAGUCCAAAAAAAGACUCAGCAUAUGGCUCGGGAGCAGAUUUAGACGGGAUCUUGACAGCAUAUCAGUAGAGAAGACAGAAGAGUCUGAGCACUUUGUCAGACCAGAAGAUAUCAGGGAUACAAUGCUGCCACAUUCCAGCACUGACAUCAAUGUCCGAACCAAGAGGUCAAAAAACUCAGUCAACCAGUCCAAGAGACCAGGCUGCUCACUGGGGACUUGCGCGGUGCACGACCUGGCACACCGCUUGCAUCAGCUCAACAACAACCUGAAGAUCGAGAGCCCCCGUGACAAAAUCAGUGCGCAGGGAUACGGCCGGAGGCGUCGAUCUCUCCCCCCACACAGAGUCACACUCAGGCUGGAGCAGGGCAGGCUCAGGCCCGCUUGGACCAUAACUGCCUCACAAGUUCACAAGCUGGAGGCUCUCCUCAGACGGACAUGAGCUGGACUUUGUUUAACAGGAGUUGGGAACAAAAGCGAGGGAGUUAAUGUCCUCUCUGCACUGUUCUAAAAGAUUCUCCAAAUGCCUCAGACUCUUGCCAAGUUUUCUCCAGCAUGUCUUUUUCCAGGCAGGAGGACUGAGUCAGAGCAAGACCAGCUGCACUGAGUUUCUGUAGAGGCUGCCGCUCAGAGAUGGAGAGAAACCAGCAGCCAGCUUACAGACACUGGAUGGCACUGCUUGGAGCAAAGCGCAGGUGUUGUUCUCUGGGAGAGAAGCAGGGUGGUGAUACCCGGCCCAGUGGACACACUCUUCUGGCUUAAAGAAGGAACUGUCUUCUUACAUUCUGGGACCUAACACAUUUCUUCCUCAAGAACUUUAAAAAAGUGCUUCCUUCAAGAAUUACACUGCCAUGCUCCAAAACUGUCAGUACGUGUAUGCACUUUUCCAUGUGGACUUAAAGUUAAAUGAAACAGCAGGAAAAGAAAAUGUCAUCCAAAUGCCAACAGGAGCACGGGCUACAGAGUUUCUAUAAAGUUUUGGACACUGUAUAAGGGAAAAUGCCUUUGAUUCUGUGAGAUAUGUGCCAGUCCACAAUGGAUUGAAAUAUACUUGAAAUUGUUAUUGUUUGUACAAACACAAGUGCAAUCUAUAUUUGUUUUUAUUACAGGUAUAUGUAUAUAUGAAUUCCUUAAUUUAAAUAUUAUAUAAAAGUAACAUUAAAGUGCUUAUGCAGAUAGAACUAUUUUUGUACAGGAAGAAAUAUAUAUGGGCAUUGUAGCUAUUUGUCAUUUGUCUUUUGCAAAGUGUGGUCAUAGGAUAUCUGUUUUAUAGGUAUAUUAUAUAUUUUUUAAAUGUGCUCUAUUUUAUUUGUGUCAAAGAAAUAACAUUGUCUUCCAAUAAACAUUUUGCAUACAAAAUCAA